UUCGCAUCUCAUUACAUUACAUGAGCCAUACCAUAUCCGUGUAUGAAUUCUCAAGAACUCCAUCUUCUUCCUCACAGCCUCCAUUCCUGCAAAUCGAUAACUCACCUCAAACAAAUCCAUGGCGUCGCCAUUAAAAUACCCUCUCUCUCUCUCCCCAACAAAUUCCUCUUUCCCAAACUCAUCUCUCUCUCUUCCUCCUUCUCGGACCUCUUCUACAUUCGCUCCAUCCUUCUCACGCACUCCCCCGAUGCUCAAUUCCGCCUCAAUCUCUGCAACGCUAUCAUCCGCAGCAUUUCUGCCAACUCCACCAAUCUCGCGGCCAUGGAAUUCUUGAAGGAAAUGCUUCUCAUCGGCCUCGAACCAGAUGGGUUCACAUUGCCGCAUGUUCUCAAGGCAUUGGCUCGGAUUCAGGGGAUUAGAGAAGGUCAACAGAUUCACGCGCGUUCAAUCAAGACUGGAAUGGUGGGAUUCAAUGUGUAUGUGAGUAACACGCUGAUGAGAUUGUAUUCCGUCUGUGGCUUUAUUGACGAUGUCCAGAAGAUGUUCGACGAAUGUCCUCACCGAGACUUGGUGUCUUGGACCACGCUGAUUCAAGGGUUUACGAAGGCUGGGCUAUACAGGAGAGCGGUUGGAGCUUUUGUGGAAAUGUGUGAUUUGAAGCUAAGGGCCGAUGGGCGGACUUUGGUGGUUGUCCUCUCUGCUUGCUCCAACUUGGGAGACCUGAAUUUGGGUCGAAAGGUACAUUCCUAUAUCCGCCAUUACAUUGACAUGAAUGCAGAUGUAUUUGUUGGUAAUGCCUUGAUAGAUAUGUACUUGAAAUGUGAUGAUUUGAUCUCUGCUAACAAAGUGUUCGACGAAAUGCCUGUGAGAAAUGUGGUUACCUGGAAUGCCAUGAUUUCGGGAUUGGCUUACCAAGGACGGUACAGGGAAGCUCUGGAUACGUUUCGUAUGAUGCAAAACAAAGGGCCCAAGCCAGAUGAGGUAACCUUAGUUGGGGUUCUGAAUUCUUGCGCAAACCUUGGAGUUCUUGAGCUGGGUAAGUGGGUUCAUGCAUACAUACGUAGAAAUCAUAUUUUAGCUGAUAAAUUUGUAGGGAAUGCGCUUCUUGAUAUGUAUGCAAAAUGUGGAAGAAUAGACGAAUCUUUUAGCGUGUUUGAGAGCAUGAAAAGGAGGGAUGUAUAUUCAUACACUGCCAUGAUUGUUGGGUUAGCCUUACAUGGUGAAGCAAACUGGGCAUUCCAAGUCUUCUCCGAGAUGAUAGGAGUCGGUAUCGAGCCAAACGAAGUAACAUUUUUAGGUCUUCUUAUGGCUUGUAGCCAUGGCGGAUUGGUUGCUGAAGGGAAGAAGUACUUUUUUGAGAUGUCAAAUACAUAUAAGCUUAGACCUCAAACGGAGCAUUAUGGCUGCAUGAUUGACCUUCUUGGUCGUGCAGGGUUAGUGAAGGAAGCAGAAGAGAUUGUCCACAAAAUGGAAAUCAGGCCUGAUGCCAUUGCUUGGGGAGCGCUAUUAGGGGCGUGUAAGAUUUAUGGAAAUGUCGAUAUCGGCGAAAGUGUGAUGCAAAAAUUGACGGAUUUAGAUCCCAAUGAAAAUGGUACUUACAUUCUUAUGACGAAUCUAUAUUCUUCUGUUCAGAGAUGGAGAGAUGCACUGAAAUUAAGAAAGACAAUGAAAAGCAAGAAGAUGAGAAAGAGUCCUGGAUGUAGUUUGAUUGAAGUUGAUGGUGGUGUUCAUGAGUUUCGUAAGGGUGAUAAGUCACAUCCAAAAAGCAAAGUUAUAUACUCUGUAUUGGAAGGAAUUGGUACUCAUUUAAAGAGCUAUGGGAUUGUAGAAUAUAGUACAUUUUCCUGAUAGAUUAAAUAAAAAAAUGUUUUUUUUUAAAAAAAAAAUUAAUUUAAA